UUUCUAACCCCUGUUCUGAUUGGGUGGAUCAAGUGUCAAUCAAAGCGUUAGCUACGUCCCCUUUCUAAACGUAAAACCACAGAGGAAAAACUGCAACGGGGCUAAACAUAGGGGGAAAGUGUUACAAAUCGUUUUUACAAUAUCAGUGAUUUAAUCGGCUUUUUUAAUCGUACGUUUUAAAGAAGACCCUUUUUCCCUGCUUUUCGACAUCUUUUUUUCUCUGUUUGGUGCGGCCGUGUGGGGAUGGAUGAGAUGCGGCCUAGCAGCGGAGCAGCAGCGCACCUCGGCCUCGCCUCGAUCUUUCCCCCGGGAUUGCAGGCCAUUUAUGGGGAAUGCAGGCGUCUGUAUCCCGAUCAGGCGAACCCGCUGCAAGUCACAGCCAUUGUGAAGUAUUGGUUAGGGGGUCCAGAUCCUCUGGACUACAUUAGUAUGUACAGAAACGUGGGAUGUCCCGGACAAGAUGUACCAGAACACUGGCACUAUGUCAGCCUGGGUCUGAGUGACUUGUAUGGGGACAACAGAGUUCAUGAAUUCACAGGUCAAGAGGGCCCAAGUGGUUUUGGUUUUGAGCUCACAUUUCGCCUGAAGAGAGAAGCAGGAGAGACGGCACCCCCUACCUGGCCAGCUGAGCUCAUGCAAGGCCUGGCUAGAUACGUGUUUCAAUCAGAAAACACAUUCUGUAGCGGCGAUCACAUUUCGUGGCACAGUCCGUUGGACAACAGCGAGUCUAGGAUCCAGCAUAUGCUACUCACAGAGGACCCUCAGAUGCAGCCCGUGCAGACCCCCUUUGGUCACAUCAGCUUCCUUCAGAUUGUGGGUGUUUGCACAGAGGAGCUGCAGGCAGCGCAGCAGUGGAACGGUCAAGGCAUUCUGGACCUGCUGAGAGGAGUGCACAUUGCUGGGGGUCCAUGGUUAAUCACUGACAUGAGAAGAGGGGAAACUAUAUUUGAAAUUGAUCCACACUUGCAAGAUCGAGUGGAUAAGGGCAUAGAGACGGACGGCUCUAACCUGAGCGGGGUCAGUGCCAAGUGUGCCUGGGAUGACUUGAGCCGACCUCCCGAGGAUGAGGACGACAGCAGGAGCAUUUGCAUUGGGUCACAGCCACGCAGGCUGUCCGACAAAGACACUGAACAGAUUAGAGAAGCCCUGAGGAAAGGACUGGAGAUUAACAGCAAGUCUGUCCUGCCUCCCAUCAGCAGUCAGAGGCACAGUCACGACCGGCCACAACAAUCAGUUGGACAUUUCCAGACCCAGCAGAUAUCAAGGAGCCGUAAGGACAGUCUAGAGAGCGAGAGUUCGGCUGCUAUUGUCCCUCAUGAGUUGGUGCGAACACGACAGCUGGAAAGCGUGCAUCUGAAGUUCAACCAGGAGUCUGGGACUCUUCUCCCACUGUGCCUCAGGGGUCGUCUGCUUCAUGGCCGACAUUUCACAUAUAAAAGCAUUAAUGGAGACACGGCAAUCACCUUCGUGUCAACUGGGGUAGAAGGGGCCUUUGCCACAGAAGAGCAUCCAUAUGCUGCUCAUGGACCAUGGUUACAGAUACUACUUACUGAGGAGUUUGUGGAGCAGAUGCUAGCUGACGUUCAGGAUUUGAGUCCCCGUGAAGUGUCUAAGCUGCCGAAGGAGUACAGCUGGCCCAAUAAGAAGCUAAAGAUCUCUGUCCUGCCAGACACAGUGUUUGACAGCCCACUGCAAUAAGACUGGGAGCACACUGUCCCUGAUUACAAACCCACAUCUACAGAAAGAAGCUCAACUCUUUUGCCAGGCUCAUCUGAAGGAAACAGACAUUCAGACACUUCCCCUUUUCCCAGAGAGCAUCGUAGAUGAUUGCACAUGACAUAGAACAUUUUUUACAUGUACAACAUUUUGUAUUGUCCGUUAUACCACUUGUCUUUGCAUUGGUCUACCUAGUCACUCUUAAGGAAAAAAUGGUGAUUGAUGGUUUUUUGUUUUUCUGGUCUCAGUUUCAAAAAAACAUAUUUUUUGUUGAACGUUUAGCAGCACGAGACAAUGUGCAAGCACCGGUGCCUUUUAUUCACCUUAGAAUGGACUGAAGUUACAUUUUAAAAGAAAACUUGCUUUUCUAAAUACUGCUUGUAAAGUGAAGGAAAGCAUACAAAGCAUGCUUUUAAAGGGUUAGUUCACCCCAAAAUGAAAAUUCUGUCAUUAAUUACUCACCCUCAUGUCGUUCCAAACCCAUUCGUUCAUCUUCGGAACACAAAUGAAGAUCUUUUUGAUUUCCUUCCAUUGACUGCCUUUGUAACUACCCCUUUGACGCUUCAAAAACUUCAUAAAGAAAUCGGAAAACUAAUCCAUAAGAAUCGAGCGGUUUAGUUCAAAUUUUCUGAAGGGAAUUGAUUGCUUGUUAUGGUCGAACAGAUUUAAUUUAGGCUUUUAUUCUAAUGUCAACAUUGAUAACCAGAUGCUCAACCUAACUUGAAUAACGCACAAGAACAAACCUCUUCCGGAAGCUCAAAAGUUCUGCGUGACACACUUGAAUGAACCUAAUUGGUUACACAAAGUUUGAGCAUCCGGAAGAGGUUUGUUCUUGUCCUAUUAAAAAAUUAUCGAUUCUCUUCUGAAAAUUUGAACUAUACCACUUGAUUCUUAUGGAUUAGUUUUCCGAUUUCUUUAUGAAGUUAUUGAAGCAUUCUGUCAUCAAAAAGAUCUUCAUUUGUGUUCCGAAGAUGAACGAAAGUCUUAUGGGU